CACGAAAGCAAGUUACAUACAAAAUGGCUGUUGUCUGUUUCACGCAAGGAACGUGUGUGAUGGAACAGAGCGACAACAACAUGUGAUUUAACACAGAAACGACUCGUUGAUCCCCUACACCGGGAUUUGGUCCACUCACUUCGUCGUUAUGAGUCGGCCUGAUUUGUUAUUGCUGGUGACAUGCCUUUUCCUUGUUUAUGCCGGUGUAAAAUGCAGUCAUUCCGCAAUGACGCCCGAAGAGAAACACACAAUGAGGUAUGUUUGUUUAUCGGGGUUUUAGGCAUGUUAUUUGCGCUAUAAUUACAUUUAUCAUUUCUUUUCAAAGGGAGAAAGUCUUGGAGAUGUUUCACCAUGCCUACAACUCAUACAUGGUUAGUAAAUUGUUUAAAAAAGUCAACGAUUUGCUCAUAAACAGGAGUUACGAAAAUGUUCUAUUUUAACGUUUAUUGAUAGAUAUGGUUCAAAGGACGUAAACACGCUUAAAUUUAACGAGGUUUCAUGGGGCAAGGAAAGUGGAAUCAUAAAAAAUAGUAAUAGCGUGGUAGUUUUCAUGAGGUUAAUAAGUCGUGUACUUACAACUGCUGAAGAAACUCAAUUGUCUGUUUAUAGGCUAAUGCGUAAAAAUGUAAGCUCAUGACUUGAGCUUUUACGUGGAGUGAAGGUCAGGAAUAGGGGAUAUAUAACAAAACGUUGUUUCGCGUUGUCUUUGAAAAGCUUACAUGAAGCCAGUAGUGUAAAAGAUAUAAACCUGACAGAGAAAUAUCAGAUUUUUUUUGUUUGGAGUGAACAGGCAUAUCAUGUGUAAAAUGUGUUGAAUUAUGUGUAAGCAUUCAGAGUUAACAAGUGUUUUAUAUACAUUCUAUACUGAGAGUCAAGGGCAUUCAAGGGCUCUCAUAUUUUCCUAUAAUGAUUAUUAGUUUUCGUGAUGAAUGUUUUUUUUUGGCUAAAGGGAGUGUUGUAAGCAAUGCGUAUUCAUACAUUUACUCAUUAUAAUAUUACCCAAGAACCAGCUGUUUUGUGUGUACUUAUGUCACAUAGCAGACACUCUCACUCAUCAUUACACCAGUUCAAUGUGGCUCACUCUUGAAUUUGUUUGGCACCAAUUAGCUAAGUUUAUGAUAUGCAUAAUUUUGCAAGAUUGGAGGGGAAACAUUAAAAGCUUGAAGCUUGCUAAUUUGAGUAGAGAAACCAACAGUAUCAACAAGAUUCAAAAGAAUCUUUCUUUAUUUACUUCAGUUUAGGAGAAGAAGUAGUUUGACAUCUGAGCAAAGUAGCUAACACUUUUUGUCUGCCAUCAGUGCUCAUCAUCACAGCGUAUUGUACAGAUUUACCUGCAAUGGUACAUCCUACCAUUUCUAACCACCUGAAAUGCCAAGAUUUGGUAGUUGUUGAGGGAGAGAGGUUCAAAGUAAAGUGCAUUAACUGGCAGUGCCGGAAUGUGUUUUUUAACAUUUGGAUAGGUAGUCACUUAGGAGAGAGCUGGUCACAGAGGGAAGUUUGACAAAGGGUGGAUGGUGCGUGGUGUUACUCUUGAUGUAAUGUCAAAUUUUCCUUUUGUUUUCAUUAGCAAUCUAAUACAAGCAGGGCUAACAAUAAGGGCCAGUAGCUGGCCAAAACCGCCGGCUAGUUAGCCAUUCUUAGCCGGCUACUUUCAUCUCCUUCUAAAAUAAGUGCUAACAAAAAAUAAGCACCAUCAAAGAAAAUUGUAAAGCAUCCAUUUCCCAGUUUUGAAUGACACAUAUAGGUUUAGAUCUGUGAAAUGUUCAAACCGUGCGAUCUCUUGGAACGGCUGGGACAGUACAAUAAAGGUCUUGCAUGUAUUCUGACGAAACAACAUGGCAUCCGUGGUGGAAAAUAGCUCUUAAAAACCCCUGAAAAUGCCAUUUCCAAGACUCUAAUUUUCAAAAUGUCCCUAGAUGCCUUGGCCCUCAACAACUUGUGUCUUUGGUGCGAGUUCCAAAGCUGCCUACUAUUCAUUAUCAGCCUGCUACUUAAAAACUUUUUGACAGCUCUGACAAGACAAUCUAGCCACUUUAAUUUUCCAUUCGUUAUUUUUUUUAAUCACCUUCUACAGCUGUAUAUUUAUGGAGGCAUCUUAAGCAUAAUCAUUCAAAGAUCCACUCUUUGUAAUUUUCAGUUAUGACCCAGUUCACUUAUAUCAAUAACUUAAAUUAAGGAAUGAUAGUUGGAUACUGCAUGAUUAAAAAAUUGAGUGAAAUUUCCAUACAGCCAUCAUACAUAACUUAUACAUGCAUUACGCUUUAAUUCUCCCUUCUAGCCAAACAGUGAAGAUGAAUACAUGUAAUCCAGAGUUUCAGUUAGAAACUGUAGAUUCUUCUAAAUUCCUUCUGUAUGGAUAUGGCAAUGUACAAAUGUACAAUCAAAUUUAUAAGAAAAUGGCCAUUACACUGUAUACAGGAGGUGUCUUGAAUUCCUGUAAAGGACUCUUGUUGCUAUGUGGUGAUUGUUUGAUCAGUUGCACUAAAGGUACAUGCAGGCUAUGACAAUUUUUUGUCCACUUUGAUUUUGUUUUCUCAUCAUUUGAAAAUAUUCAAUAAUUGAAUUAUCUUCCGUUUUGGUCUGUAGCUUCUUUGAAAUAUGUAGAUUAGGUCGGUACAGAUUAUGUACAUCCAAGCUUCUUCAAAGCAUUUUUGAAAUUGUGAUGAUAACAAUAUCAGUUUUUCAAAAUUUACACUAUUGCUACAUGUAGCAGUACACUGUCAGUGAUGUCUUGUUCAGUUAAUUAACAUUUAAGUAUCAGUAGUUUUUACAAUCUGCUUAGUUAUAUUUCUUGAGGAGUCCUUAACAUUGCUCUAUGUUUAAGAAAAUGAUUAGCAAUGUGUGAGGGUGCUAGGGAUGACUAUACCGCUGUAGGUGAAUAGAAAAUCUUACGCCUUACAAGCAAAGUGAGGUGAUCAUUGUAGAAGAAAUUCAGUCCAAGGUUGUGGCAGUACUGAUUGAGUACAACAAAGUCCACACAAACGGCCAUAGGGUAAGGUUUUUUAUAUUGUUCUCUUGCCAGACUCUUAAGUUACAAAACUGAGUCCUCAAUGCUGGAAAGAAAAAAUAAGUAUGACAGAAGAUAUCUCAGCUUCUGCCUUUUUUAUUUUGAGUUUACCAGGUAUUGGACAAAUGUUGCCUGAUUUCCAAAUUUUAUUAUAGUGAUUUCAUAAAAUGAUUUUAGGUUGUGUCACAGGAAGGUUUAAGUACUGUCCUGGCCACUGUGUAUUGCAAUCAUAAUGUAGUUUUCAUUUUGCCUGACAGGACCAUGCAUAUCCAGCUGACGAGCUCAUGCCUCUUAGUUGUAAAGGCCGUGUGAGAGGUGUAGACCCAAGUCGGGGUGAUGUAGAUGAUGCUCUUGGAAAGUAAGUCAAUGCUUCACAGGCAUAUAGUUAAGCUCUUAUCUCACUAAUAAAUUGAAAUGGUUUAUUUUGUUGUUUUAAGGUACAUGUAACUUGUAUUAUUUUGUCUGCAAAGGUGACCAUCAUUAUCAAAUCUUACAUUUUACUAUAAUUAUGAGAUUUUAGAAUAACACUAAAUUCACUGUGAUGUAUGGACACCAUAAGGGAAAAUCCAUUUUACAGGUCAAACCUGUUAUGAUUAAUUAGCUUUCAAGGGUCAUACAUGUAAGACAUGCAGUCUGAAAGAGUGUGCGGGUAUUUUUUCAGAUGAGCCACAAUAAUAGUAGAUGUAGACGAUUGUUGCUUCUAAUAAUAAUAAUAUUAACAUGUAUUUAACUUUAGUUGGUAUGAUAUCAGUAAAGAUUUUACCAAUGAAGUAAAUGUAGUUUUCCUGUGUAGGUGUAAUAAUGACGAAACAGCUCCAUAACUGCAUUAUUAUUUACUGUCUUUUUUUUCUAGAUUUUCCUUGACUUUAAUUGACACACUAGAUACAUUAGCGGUAAGUCCUGUUGUCAGCCUGUGAUUCAUCUUGAAUUUUUUUUACUUUGAUUUUCUAUACUUGCUUUGUACUCAACAAUUUUUUGUUGUAGGUUCUUGGUGAAAUCGAGGAGUUUGAAAAGGCAGUGAGACUUGUUAUCAAGGAUGUUUCAUUCGACAAUGAUGUGGUUGUUUCCGUCUUUGAAACCAACAUAAGAGUGUUAGGGUAAGAUAGACUUAUGGCCUAAAGGAGCAUUGUCAAAUAAAAGGUCAUUUUUCAUUUAGCUCAAAAUUGCCUAGGCAGUUGCCUGUGACCUUCAAUAUUCUUUUUAUUUGUUCGAACAGUCAUUUCACAAAGAGAUGCUCUAGACCAGUUCAGUAAUAUUGUAUUAUUAUAGUUCUCCUUAUGUGAGGGUACGAGGCCAAAAACUGCCUGAAACCUGUACCCUUCAGUCAGUCAGUUAUGCCAGUGGAAUAUACAGUCAACUUUCUCUUAUUGGACACCUCUUUAAGAUGGAUGCCUUCAAUAGUACAGACAUCUCUCUACAAUGGACACAGUGCCUGCAAUCCCAAAGGUGUCCAUCUUAGAGAGCUCUAGAGUGUACUAGAUGUAGUCAUACAUGUCAACUCUCCCAGAUUAGACACCAAUCUCACGGUCUCCUGUACAGGUCACCAAAUCUCCGCGAUAAUAUUCAGUUAUGAGCAUUUCUGUGCUGUAAUUUAGAAAUUAUUCCAUUUUCUUCCAAAUUUGAAUUUUCUCUGAUUCAUAGUUCAGUUUCUGGGGCAUUUUUGCACAUAUUUCAUCACUGACAAAAAUUAUUUCGCCAUUACAGUCAUAAGAGCAAAUUGUGAUGGUCUGUACCUCAUGUAAGACUUCAUAUAAUAAAUGCCAAAGAGAGAGUCUCCAGAUUUUAGACUUCCAGAGAUUGGCAUCUAUGUGUAGUAUAGACUUAUGACAGAUAACUCAUGCAUUUCUGGUUCUCACAGCUGAUACAUUUUACUCUUGUUAUUAUUAAUGUACUAUGCACAUGUAUCACGAAAAUUGGCCACACCCUUGCACUGGAGACUGUGUAUCCAGGGUGCAUUGAUUAUUACAUGUACUGACAUUCUGCAAAACAAGGCUUGCAUACAGUAAUGUGUGGUGAGACACACCUUUUUGGCUCAGUGAAAAGGCUUUUGUGUUCCUUUUUUUUUAAUCAAAAAAUAAAGAUCCCUUAUCUGCAGGGUAUGCAAAGUCAUGUGGAUGCAUGUGUUUAUUUUUUUUAGAGGCCUUCUUGGUGGGCAUUUUGCUGCACUAGCAUUGAAGAACACUGGAAAAGGCAUGUCAUGGUAUAACAAUGAAUUGGUUGCCAUGGCAAAGGAGAUUGGAUAUCGUCUGCUCCCAGCCUUUAAUACCACCACUGGAAUCCCUUACCCCAGGGUUAGUUUUUCACUGUUAUUUUAUGCAUUUUAAGAGACUUGAUACACUUCACGUGUCAUGGCUUUAUUUUGUGCUUUUCAAUGUUGCUAUUAGAAAUACACCACAAUUAAUAGACAUUGACUUUUUUGUGCUUCAACUAGGUUUCCCAUUUGGGAACGUAUCUGGGAUUUUGACUCUGUAUGUACCCAGAACUGUCUAAAGCUAUAGCUCUAGGUUGUAUGUCGUUUUUCAUUUCAAUGAGUAAUCUUUUAAGGUUAAAUUAGUCACUUUGACAAAAUAAUGUUAUUGACUUUUGAAGGAUGUUGAAACCUCUUUAACUUGGCUGUUUUUGUAAGUGAGGAGUUUCAAUUUCUUGUCUUAUCUUGAUCAUUAGGUUAACCUGAAGUAUGGAAUUCACCAUCCGUCAUCAAAUACAGGUAGUGAGUCUGACACAUGCACAGCUUGUGCUGGCACAAUGAUUAUGGAGUUUGGUGCUUUAUCUAGAGUCACUGGAGAUCCUAUAUUUGAGGUACACACUUUUGUGUUUGAUUUCUGGUAUUCUUUUCUUAAUUCUUGAGGAAAGGGCAUUACUACACCCCCUUGAAAGGAAAGGUAUGCACUCUUGCCACUCAUGGUGGCCUCAGGUUAAUGUUGUUGUUGUUAAUGUUGUAUACCUGGAGGCAGCGUGGCAGAGCGGCUAGGGUGCUAGACUUGUAAUGCCUAGUUUAAUGAUGUUAUUCUUGCCCUGAUGGCUAGCUGGAUUUGUUCUCAAUAUUUCUGAGUUUGAAUCUUUGGCCAUGCUUGUAAAACAGCCGUCUGGUUUGUCUCUUACCAGUUGGGAUUCUUAACUUUGUUAUGUUCAGUUUCAAUCAUUUGUUUUAUUAUCACUGAGAAGCCCUAUAAGUGGAGAGGAUAUAUAAUAAAGUAUUUAUUUUAUUAUUAAUUUUUUAUCUUAUACUUGCCAAACUUUCUUGAGUCGUAGGCAUGACAUUAUUUUAUUUUAAGCAUGACAGGAUUUUUCUCAGGGAACCAAUAAUAUCCGAAGCAAAGAUUUCUGAUAUCUACCCAAAGAGUUUUUUAAGUGCUCAAGAAAAAUAAUGAUUAAAGAUUUUGUCCUCUAGGGACUUCUCUUGGACUCUUCCUUUCUUGCUUGUGUUCUAGUCUAUUUUUCUUCUUGGAUAUCUCAAAAAUGUGCUUAUUAAGGUUGUACAUGUAAUACAUUGUAGCUGAAACUUUUCCAGUUGUGAGAAAUUGGUCUGGAACAAGUAACUGAACUGAACUGCCUCCUCAAAUAAUGUACAUGUUAUAUUAUGAAAUAACUGAAAUAAUAAUUUUAUUUGGUGUAUCAGGAGAAGGCCCAGAAAGCUAUGGAGUCAAUCUGGAUCUAUCGCAGCCGUUACAGUGAUUUGGUUGGAACAGUUAUUAACAUUCAUAAUGGAGACUGGGUUCGCAGAGGUAAAUAAUGAAUGAAAAUGAAGUAAAAUGCAUUUAAAUCCAACAUAACUUACAAACUUGACAUACAUUGUACAACUGUACUUUAUCAGUUCCUGCAAAGUGUUUGUCUCAUUGUGCCUCAACUUUAUGGCAUUGUAUGGAAUAUGGGUGUGUGGAAAGUUUCUUUGGACCCCCUCUGUCACCAGCUGGCCUGAUUUAUUAUAUUUUCCCAAAGAUGAAUUUAUUGGUCCUUCACCCGUACAUCACACAGGAAAAAAUAACAGAUUCCCAUUUUUGGAUAUUUUAGGAAUUCCCAACCAAGUUCCCUGAUUGGGACUUGUCUCACUAUUCCAAAUUUGGGAUUUUUUGUGGGUAUUCUUUAAAUACCGUAAAAUAUCCAAAAAUGGGAAUCUGUUAGUUUUUCCUGUGUCAAACCAUAACAUCACUUCUUAAAGUACAAGUAUUAUGCCACGAGCUCAUUCACCAUCAGUGAUAAUUACUUUUCAAAAGGUCAUUUUACUUCAUCCUUUUCCUUUAACAGACAGUAGUGUUGGUGCUGGUAUUGAUUCAUACUAUGAGUACUGUUUGAAAGCCUACAUUCUGUUUGGAGAUGAAACUUACUUGGAAAGGUUCAACAGGGUAUGGAGUUGUCUUUUUCUUUUCACUUUAAGAUAGUAACAAGACUCAGUUAGCAAUCGUGGAAACAAAAGUCAUUUUUAUAAGUGAGAAUCCAGUCUUGUUGAGUGUCGAGUCGAGACUGUCAACUUACUUUUGAGUUAUACUUUAGCUAGAAAUUAUUGAUAGAAAAAUUAUUUUAUGAACUAGAGUUGUAUUGACAGUGAGCCUUACCCAUUUUUCUAGUCAUCCAUGCCACUUAAAUUGCCUUUUUGUAUUUUAAAUGGACCUUCAUCUCAAGGAACUAUAGGAUCACACAAGUAUUGCAUUGUAAAAUAAUAAAAAUUUAUCUUCCUUUUCAUUUGGUUUGACAUUUUCAAACAGCACUACAAGUCAAUAAUGCAGUACAUGAAUCAGGGCCCAAUGUUCUUAAGUGUUCAGAUGCAUCAGCCAGAUAGAACAGCUCAUGCCUACAUGGAUGCAUUGCAAGCUUUUUGGCCAGGACUUCAGGUAAGAUUUUGUGUUGUGUUCUUUACACUAUGAUUUUGUCUUUAAACUACAUGCAAAGACAGUAGUGGUAUGUAGGGGAGUGAGGGCUUUAUCUUUAGCAUUUCCUUUUUUUAACCCUAUAAGCCCAGUAAAGUGCAACAAGACAGAAUAGGCAAAAAAGGAGUGAAGGGCAAAAGCAAAGUUUGCAAAAACAGAAAAUACAAGAUAUGAUCAAGACAAUGAAGAACUCACCAAAAAGAAACUCAUUUGUUCUGGUUCAUUCAAUAGUUUGCUUAGGAGCAGGCAAUACUUUUUCUACACAAUGGCUCAUCUGAGAUGUUUUAUAAUAUAAACUAGUCUUUACAGUAAUAACUACAUAAAAUUUGCCUUGCAGUGGUGCAUGUAAGUAAGAACUUAAAUGAAUAUUUUCUGAAAAUACAGCAAUGAAUGAUUUUCCAGUGAUCGGAGACCCAUGUUUUGCGCACAGGAUUCUGGGAUCGCCAGGAGGCAAACAUUACGAGUUGCUACAAAGAAAUGUAUGGCGUGGAGUUGUUUCUCCGUUAAAAGCGGUGUCUUUGGACAGAGAAUGCCGCAUUUUGCUGUGCUUUUAAGAGAAACGGAGGAGACUAAUAUUGGGGCGUUGAAAUUUCAAGUUUCUGUGCGAUUAAUGCGAUAAAUUCUAUUGAUAAACACUCCUUGCGUGAGGUUGGGGGUGAAAUUUAUAUUUACUGAAUUUACAGUGAUCUACAUGAAGAAAAGGUCUCGAAAUAUAUAGUACAAAUUGAAUUGAAAUAUAUAGUACAAAUACAUGUAGGAGGAUUGGCUCAUUUAAGCGUUUAAGUUAUAAUUACGUGUGGUGAUAUUUACGACGAGUGUAACAAAGCUUGGCCGCGAUGAGCGCUGUGCGGCGCUGUGCGGUUUGUGACAAGACAACAAUCAUAGGUAUGUACGUGGCCAUCAUGAUAAAAAAUCCUCCUUUACUUUGGUAUAAACAAAGUGACAUUUACGAAAUAUUUCAUGGAAACUACAUGGUAUUUAACCAUUAGUAGAUGAGGCAGAAAUCGUACGAACGAGUAAGAUUUCCGAUACAAAAGCAGUCAGAGUGUGUAAAUAUAAAAUACCAAGUUGAUGUGCGAAAUUCAGACAUUCUAUAUCUUCCCUAAAAAUGAUUGGAAAAGGCAUUAGAACUCAUUGGUGCUCUGGAUCAUGACAAGACAUUCGCUUGUGUGUGUGUGUGUGUUUUUUUUUUGCGAGAAGAAAUCAAUAUACUAAUGUGGGGAAGAUAUUUUUGUUUUUAAAGUUAAUACAUAUCAAAUUCGACAACACAUAAGCUUACCUUCGAUCGUUUUCACAAACUGGCACAGCAUUGUGAUCGCCGAGCGGAGCUUAAUUACACUCGUUUUAAAUAUGAGCACAUGUAAGUACAUGAACUGGAAAGGCUUAAAUGAGUCCGCUUUCCCCACUCAUUUAUACCUAAGUUAGUACUAUAUAUUUCGAGACCAUUCAGUAAAUUUCACAGUCGACCUUACGCAAGGAGUGUUCAUCAAUAGAUUUCAUAGCAUUGAUCCCACAAAAACUUACAAUUUCGAAGCACCAAUAUUAUUCACCUCCGCUUCUCAUAAAAUCACGGCAAAAUACGGCAUUCUCUGUCUAAAGACACUGCUUUUAACGGAGAAACAGCCCCAAGCCAGACAUUUCUUUGUAGCGACUUGCAAUGUUUGCCCCCUGGCGAUCCCAUAAUCCUGUGCGCAUAACUAAGUCUCACAUUACUGGAAAAUCAUUCAUUGUUAAACAAAUUUGACCACUUCAAGUUCUCCUAUUUGCUUUUUACAUCACUGUCAUGAAUGUUGCCAACACCUUAUAGUGUGAGCAUCUAUGUACACAAUUAUCUGUAAAACUUUGUCACUACAAGGCUGUGCUCUAAGGAACUCUGAAGGGAACCCAGUGCUUAAAAGGUGCACAGUGUUCUGAAUCUGUAAAAUCUAGGGUGCCCAAUGUAUGAUUUGUAUGAAAACCUAAGAUUUUCUAGUUGCCUGGAAGCAAAAGUUAGGCACCGGGGGUGACCUGGUGCUGUUAGAGCAAAAUCUUUUAAGUGGUGUCACCUAAUUGUAUAGUAUCUGCACACCUCUGGGGGUGAGGCUGAAAAGAGGCUUGGGGCCUCUUAGUUUUUGAUGCCUCAUAGUGGGGGCUUAUUAGAGACUAGGGGCUGUGUAGUAUAGAGGAAUAAAAUAUAAUAAUAAUUAUUAUAUCUCCAUGCUAAAUUUUGUAGGUGCUGAAAGGUGACCUGAAGAAAGCAAUCGAAACGCACCAAAUGCUUUACGAAGUUUCCAAAAAACACACCUUUCUACCUGAGGUAAAACUGCCCAUUAAUGUUUUGUAAAUUUAUUUGGUAAGGAUUCUCAAAGGAGUUUGAUUUUUGUGCUUUCAUUGUCAUAACUGGAAACAGGAAGAUAAAAUAAAACACUAGUUUCAUUUUUUUUUGCAAUAUGAUAUGAUACAUCAUAUGUGGGCUGAGAAGCAAAAGACUAUUAGGCUGUUUUUGCUUGUUUCUGCAGUGUUCUAUUUUGUGCUUAUUACUGUUUUGUUGAAAUAGUUAUAUGGUUCACUGGACGUUGUACAUUUUUGUAAAUCAGCCCUUGCACACCCACCAGUAAUACAGUAUCAAAAAAAAAAAAAAAAUGUAUGAUCUGUGCAUGUAUUAUGCAUUAAUCACCAAGUGCAAGGUUAAUUUUGUACACAUACAUGUACAUGAAUUGGCCUAGUUUUUUUCGCUAUUUUUAUCCUCAAACAACAAAAAAGUUGUUGUUCAGCCAUCUUGACCAAACAUGCUCGGUCAAUAAUGGAUAUAUUAUAUGACCAAGAGAACUUUUUUUUCUCUUCUUCUUUUCUGCUCGGGUAGCCAAUCAGGACCCAGGAUUUGCUUCAUUUUGCCAGCUUGCAGAACAAGUUGUAUGAUAAUAAUUGGCAUUAUUACAUGGUAUAAACCCAGUAGGUCAAUAAAUACACAGAUUUUUGUUUCUACCACUACCAGUUUGAGCAGUUUUUUUUUUGGAUGUUCCUUUUUUACAGGCUUUCACCACAGAUUUUGAGGUGCACUGGGGACAGCAUCCUCUUCGCCCUGAACUUGUAGAAAGUACUUACUUCCUUUAUGAGGUGAGCUAUUUAUGCAUAAGUGUUAGUCAAAGUUAAUAACCAGUUGAAGAAGUAGAAAAAAUGUGUAAAAAUCAGAGGGUUUCAUAGCACAUCUUCUGAUUUUUGUCAUGUUCUCUCUCACAAGAAAUCAAUAAGUAAAUGGACCAUGUAAUAGUUAGGGUUAAAAAAGUUUUCAUUUUCCCACAAACCCAAAAGGGGAUUUUUGGGAUCCUGAGUGCCGCUAGGAGUGAUUGAUAAUGUGUAACUAAUACUUGUUUAUUAAUUUAAAUUUCUUGUCUCAUUUCAGACUUAGAUGUUUAUUUAAACAUAAUUCAUUUCAAUUAAAUAUUUUCUCCAAAAUCUCAUUACUUUGCAUUGUGUUUUGAGUGAAUUAUACUCAGUAAGAUAUUUUGUCAUUUUCAGGCUACGGGUGACCCAUAUUAUCUUGAGGUUGGUAAGAAUAUAGUGGAAAAGAUCAACGAACAUGCCAGGGUUCCUUGUGGUUUUGCUGCUCUUAGAGAUGUUAGGACACUCAGUCAUGAAGACAGGUAUAUCCUUUGAUAAAUACUCUUUUUCCUCUAAGAGAUAUUAUGGUAAUGACUUAGCACAGAAUUAUUCAGAAGUGCACAUAAAAGGUGCUUUAUAGUAAGAAAAUGGAAACAAGUUCACUGACAGUGGCAGUUAAUUGAAAAAUGUGUAUCAUUUACACUAAGGAUGAAAAAAAUGCUGGAUUAUGAGCGGUUAGAAUGCUGAACUCGUAAUCCAGGGGCCCCGAGUUCAAGUCCUGCUUUGAAUUAUUUUGGAACUUUGAUUGCUGGCCACUUACAUGUAAUAGAGAGUGGCUGGAGGUUCAGUUCUGUGAUGUGUUCCCUAUUGAAUCAAAAUCCUGUUAAGGGUUUACUAAUGUUAGUGAAAUACUGGACUUGAAGAUGAUGAAUUUCCCCAUCAAAAUCUCUUUAUUUUUCCUCAUUUCAGGAUGGAUUCAUUUGUCUUAGCAGAGACAUUUAAGUAUUUAUAUCUUCUGUUUACCGAAAAGGAAGACUUGGUAUUUAACUUAAACCAGUUUGUUUUCACCACGGAGGCUCAUAUUCUCCCUCUCAGCUUGUCCACCAUGGCUGUGAAUGAAUCUGCCUCACAAGUAAGACACCUCAUUUAAUAAUUAUCAUAAUGAUAAUGAUGAUGAUAAUAAUAAUAAACUUGAAAUUUACUUAAAUGUACUCGUAAAUAACUGGAGGAUAUUGAUUUAUACUGCCUUUCUUUAGAAUAACUUCAACCUGUUUGUCAUCCACCAUCUGUUUUGUACACAGGAACUGAAAUACAAUGUGACCUUGAGUUCAGAAAAUGAGCAUGAGUAUACCUGCCCUAUAACUCAGCAUGAUCAAGGCUCAACUGCAAAGUUUGCAGAGGAGGUGCGACGAAACAGCCGAGCUCAAAGAGAAGGAAGCUGCCCCAACAAAAAGCAAGCUUUUGCAUUUAGCAAUAACAAGUGAGUUAAGUUAUCCUAUAAAUUGAAGCCGAAGACAGUUUCAAAUUGUCAUGUGGUAAAAUAAAGAAAAUUAAUGUGAAUGCAGUGUAGUAUCCUCCAGCAAAAGAACUGUUGAACCAUGAACCAGUGUAUUUGUGUAUGGUCGCACCAUGUACAGGAUUUCACCCACAGUCUCUCUGUACAUUAUGCAGCAUUUUGAUUUAUACUGAAGGAAAUGACCUCUCACCGGGGGAGACAGUGCGGUCAGGCAUUAAAGCACUGGAAUUGCAAAUUGGAGACCACAAUUUCAAUCCCAGCAUGCGAACCGCAGACGUAUUUAUGGUCGUGCCUUCUCUCUGUGGUUCGCAGGCUAGUUUAAUCCCUAUACUAACUGCUUAGCUGAAUUUGGGGUGACGCUCAAUAUACCAAGUCAAUAUAUACACUAUUGUGAUGUUUUAUUGUGUGAAGUUUAUUGUGUUAUUGUGUAAGGGCUAGGGAUCAUUGUUGUGUUCUUUGUGACAUAACUCAAGACUUACUAUUCACUUGGUAUAUGGUGCACUAGUUUGUUCUCUGUAGUCCUGACUUUAAAUCCUCAGUCAUGCUUGUUAAAAGCUGACUGGUUUGCCUCUGGCCAGUUGAGAUUCUUAACGUUAUGUUUAGUUUCAAAGCUUUGUUUCUGUCCUUAUUUGUGGACUGCAAUAAAGACAGCUGGCUCACCAGUAAUUAUGCUACCCCUAUAGGCAACUCUUUGUUUACAUUUUUUGCCUCAUUAACAUAUGCUUUUCAUUAUCUAAGUAAGUUAAUGAAAUAAAACUUCUGAUUAUUAAAAGAGCAUAAGAAUUUCAGUUAUCUCUGAAAAUGUUUGCCCGAUAUACCGAAUGGUUUCAGAGAAAUUCUCUUUUAAAAACUCGAAAUUUUACAAAGAAUGUAUCGCUCACUAAUUUUUUGCCACACAGCAAUUUUGUAGUUUUUGAUGGCUGAUAUUUCUUCAAUAUUGCUUGCAAAUGGCUGAAAAUUGCGCAAAUUACUCAAGUUAAUCAACUCUUUCAACUUUUGAAUUUAGUUUGUAUAUAUGGCUACGGCUUCUAUGAGUUAGGUCAUAUGCUAAUGAGGAAAAAUGUAAACAAUGGCGUCCUAUAUACACCUUACUCAAAAAUAGCAGCAACACGACCUUUUUUAUAUUUAUGUUAGUUAUCCCUCCUUGCCUUGAUUGUACUUGCAGAAUUCAAAUGAAAUUUUACCUUAAACCGAGGUAUCAAUGACCAAUGAUCAUGUAGGCAAUGGAUUAACAAAAUUUGACGCCAUUUUGGAAUUAGGUGUAGAUAGUCCUUUUUCCAGGAGUUUGUCUACAGCGUACAGAUGUAAACCUAAGAACUAGUUACAUAACAGGUAUCUUCAAGUAAAUUCAAAGAGGUAUCUGGGGUAAGGAGAGGGGUGCCUAGACAACCUCCCCUCCCAUCCAUCUACAGUGAAGAUCCCCCCUUGAUGUUAAUCUGUUAUUUGUCAGGCCUCCCCGGCUGAGAGCUGAGCAGUUUGUACCUGGUAAUCAGCAUCAUGUAAUGAUUCUCAAGUCCAUGGGAAUCACUGUAGUUCAUACAAAGGAUGGUAGAAUACAGCUCAUGCAAACGGCUUCAUCGGUAAGAAUUAAAAAAUAUCUAAAUACAGACACCUCGGUUAAACAGACCUUUCUUUACUCCCUUCAAAAUCUGUUCAGUUAACUUACAGUUUUUUGCUUUAUCAAGUUUAAAUCACUCCCGCCUAUUUCCAAACCCUUUCACUUCCAACAGUGGCUAAAGAAAAAUUAAACUUUCUUUCUUUUAAAUACUGAGAAAAUAUUAGUUCUUUGGAAAAGUUUUGUCAAAGUGGUUUCAACUGAAUACUUUAGUUACAACAUAGGAUUUUGUUUAUAACUUACAGUUUAACCAAAAUCAAUAGAAAAUCAAAAUCAAAGGUCCUUAAGUACCAAUUAUACAGUCGUAUUUUUUGCUCUUCUUGGGCCAAAACGCUUCAUAGCUUCAUCGCAAUCUGAAAUACACAGGCUGUUAAAAUUUGUUGCCAGAUUCAACGAUGAGCAAUACAUAUAUCUUUGGUAGGGAUAUUGUUUUUAUCAGCUUGAACAAAAUUUGAGCCAGACAUGACAAAAUAUUCUCCACAAAUGAACUCAACAAAUUUUGGCCUUUUCCCACUGUAUGGGUCUUCAUGGCUCAGUUAGUAGAGCACUGCAGCGCUAACUCAUAGGCCAUGGGUUUAAAUCCCGUUGAAGUUCCUAAAUUUUGGGGGGAAGGGGGGGGGGUCAAUUUUCAAAUGCCAAAAUUGUAAUUACGACUGCGACGAUCAUAUCUUCAUUUAAGAAAAUAUUUAUUGUACAAUUCAUUGUAGGCCGUCAGUGAUGUAACAAACAAAAGACGGUACACCGUUUUUAUUGUAAGUUUAAUAUUUUGAACGAGCUAAUCAUAACACAUUACUCUUCGAGAAUAAAACAAAAUAUAAAAAGGUUCCUAAAAUUUAAUCUAAAUGUGUCAUCUACUUGUCAAGCCUAAACUAACUUUUACUCUUCAACAUGGAAUGUUUUCUGUUAAAGUCAGACAAAAAUUGCCCAUUUAACUCAUGUUUGCCUUCUGUGCAACUUAGGGUACCUUGUUGUUUCUUUUGUCAUUACUAGGCUCAAUCGCAAGAUUAUGCAGAGGAAGGCAUCAAGUUUAUGCAAGAGAUGAUCGAGUUGGCGAAACGACGGAAUGAUGAAUCAGGUAUAAUGUAGUUUUUGUGAAUAUUAAUCCUGUAAGGUAGAUGUAUUGAACAGUCGAAUGAAGAAAAAGUGGAUGAUCAAGUCACGACUAGUUUAGGAUUUACUUGCGAUUUGGCGUGGAAGUUGGGGGAGAUUUUUCAGUCAAUCCGAACCAAACGCGACAACUCAACAUACUGUUAUGAGCGGAUUUGACGUGUAAUUGAGCCAAAAAUGUUACUCAUUGUUUUGACCUGCUGGCCUCGUUUUCUUGCCCUCUAAGACAAAAGUAUCGUUGUGGUUCAUAAAAAGUAUGUCGUCCUUUUGUUGAAAUUGAACAGUUUUCAUUAGGAGGCUUGAUUUGUUUGCAAACGCGGCUUUGACAAUAUUUGAACUUAAGUUUGAUACAAUUAUGUACUAAAAGUGAUCAUUGUUGUAGCUCCCCAAGAAAGCCCUCGAGUGGUUCAGCUCAUGUCUGCCCCGUACAAUGGAGAUGUGGUCCUUGUUGCCUGCCCUGCACGAUUUGGUUUGGAUCUGAGCAAAGGAGAUGUGGGGGUGAGACACGAUAUACAGCAUUUUAGGAGACUUACAAAUCCUUCGCAAUGCCCUUAGAAUUUUUUUGAAACAAAUUAUUCGUCAUCUCAUAAAGAAUUAGCUGUUCAUGUUAAAAGUGACUAGGAAGGCGAACUAAGACGUACAUUUUAGAAAACGGAAAAAGAGAUCUUCCCGAAAUCGUGUAGUCGUAAUUCUUUUAGAGACCACAGUAAUUUAUGUUUUAUCAGUAACAUCAGUAAAGAAACAAGCUGUCCACUUCAGAGAAAUAAGUUUCCUCAAUUUUUUUUACUCGUGGCGUUUCAAAUAAGUAAGUAAUUACUCUCUUUCGGAGGUGAUCAAGGAUCCAUAAGUUUUGACGUGUAAGUGUUUUUGUAUAAAAAAAGGCCUUUCUUCUGAUCAGUUCAUAUUUACAAGCCAUGAAAUUAUGUUUCGCCUUUUUGUUUUUCAGAUGAGUGCUGAAGUUAGCAUGGGCAAACCUUUCAAGGCAUGUUCUCCUCUCUCUAAUGGCGAGGAGUUGAAGCACAGAAUUGCUGUGUUAGAAAGGGGCGAUUGCAUGUUCAUUGACAAGGUAUGUACACAGUAUUAAUAUUAAUAUGCAUCGGUUCCUCAGAAUGAUGAUGUUGUCGAUUGGUGUAAGGGAGCGGGUCAGGCCAUUUCGAACAUUGUCAUUUUAUUCUUGACUUUUUAAAAGUGGUCUACCUCAGCUAUUUUCCUUCUGUUUAAAAUGUUAAAGCCUGUUGGCUCAAGAAGGCGUUUCUCAGUACCUUUCUCUUGCUCAAGACUUUUAAAUCUAAGUAGCUCUGUGGAUUUUGCUUAUCAGUGUCGUUGUUAAUCGAUUUCAUCCCCCACCUGAAAAGUUUUAGUACGAGAUUAAAGUGAAUAUUGUAAGAUAAUUUCUGUUGAGAGAAACUGAUGUUUAUAAAGCAGAAGAUACUUGGACAUAAAUAGAGACAAUUAGAUUUGAGGACGAAAAAGACCACGAGGACGAGAUUAAACUCAAUUUUUUUCACGUAUUCUCAAGAAAUAAACACCUGGAAAGCUUCGUUGUAAUUUUUUGUACCAGAAAAAUUAGCACGUUUUUAUUUUUGGUGUAGGAGGUUAAACCCUCUCCCGAGCGCAAAAUGACAAAACUUCUUAACAUUUGAUUCACUACGUCGUUCUCGCAAAAUAGAAUGACGACAGCUAUUACAUUUUCCAGCCAAAAUGCUGACUCGCGCAAGCGCACUAUUAAGUUUCAGAACUAAAUCUCAAAUGUAACUGGUUCAUGCGCGCGCACUCCUUAGUAUCAUGGAGAAAGUCUUGUUCUCAUAGUCGUCCUCGUCUUAGAAUCUAAAGAUCUCCAAUGACCACUUGCAAAGUAAAGGUUGCGGUGACCAUGCAGGCUUACGUUGCGCCAACAGCCUUCCAAGGUGAAGUAACUGUACUCGUAAUUGCUCCAUGCAAUCGAAGUAGUCUUUUUGUACUUUUACCCCUCCUCUCGAGGCUCGGUACUCUUCUGAGCAGUUGUUGAUUGUUUUUGUUUCGUUAACAGACUCGUCACGCUCAAGCCGCGGGUGCAGUAGGCGUUGUCAUCAUCGGUAAGAAUGAAUGACAACUUUAACGUUGAGUUGCUCAAAAAUCAUACUUUAUUACUGCUUUUUUGUUGUCUCUUGUUAUCCCGUGUAUUAUCUUGAUAUAAGUGUUUUAUCAUAACAAAUUCGGUCAAAACUUAAGAAAAAUAUUUGACUGGAAUACGUUUCUUUUAUUAACCGGCUUAACCGUGCACCUUGCGUUAAUAAUCUUGCGUCUCAGCUCUUGAGGCACUGCUUGCUAGUUGCUAGCGCUCUGCAUCAGUUACUUGUUUCUGUAUUUCAUAAUUUCUUGCUUGCUUUUGUACAAAUUUGAAUUGACCAGACAACCGCGUCUUUUCCUUUACGUCCUGUCACGGCCCGUCGUCUUAACAUUUCCGAGUUAUCCGAAGCCUCUGUUUGAAAACGAGGCUAAGUGUGCGGGCUUCGAUAUAAAAUUGAUUGUUAUUCUCAUGUAAAUGAAGCUCAUUCCUGGACCUUGGAAAUGGCCUUUAAACCAGUCGUUAUAUUACGACAACAGACCCGCUAAUGCUGCGGAUUUUGUUUGAAUUUAUUGCAAACGAAAAAAGAUCCCGCGUUAGAAAUUGUUUCCUCGUUUCUUUUCAUGCCUGUUUGGGUUCUUGUUGCUUGUGUCCUGUAUGUGCUGGAAUCCAUGCAGCUUAAAUAUUCAUCAUGUUCUAAUUUUUGGUGUGUGUGUGUGUGUGUGUGUGUGUUUUUUUUUGCGUGUAGAUAACAAUGAAGGCAGCUCUAGUGAUACACAACCAAUCUUUGCCAUGUCCAAUGAUGAAGACAACAAAGACGAUGUUAAAAUACCAGCCGUACUUUUGUUCAGUGAAGAGGGUCGCAUUCUAAAGAACGCCAUGGCCGCCCUAGACGAUACUGAUAAUCGCCUCACAGUACGAUUAGCUACUAAAGCUUCUGGAAAGUCAGGUUUGUCAGCUGUUGUCCUGUAUUUCCAUUAAACCCCACCUGGAAGCUCUGAAGAUCGAAGGUUUAAUUGGCACCCAGGGUUUGCAAAUUUUAUUGAUGAGUGGAGUCAGUGUGACUUCUGUUUCACAAAUUUUGGAGUCAUUCUGGAAUACUUGGAGUUCCAGCACUUGGUCCUGGCAUGUAUACACUAUCGUGAGGGAUACACGAAGUAGCUGUGGCGGUCCGCUGACCUGGAAAGCUCAAAUCCAUGAUGGUGGUCAUCGAGUAAACUUUGAUCGUAAUUUACCCUCUUCCUGUUUUGUCAUGCAGUAUAAUUCUUUAAUUUCGAUGAUUUGAUUAAGGUUUACAACGUUUACAAUUAACGUAAAUUAUAUUUGUUGCGAAAAAGGUAAGGACAAAACUGUGUUUGUUACCGAAAAUUUCUGGAGUCGAAGUGAUCCCCUCCGUAACCACAGUGGAGUCAUCCGAACAAUUUUGGCGUAAAAUACGCCAAAUUUGGCGUAUUUGCGAACCCUGUUGGCACCUUAAGAUCCGUCAACGGCGACGGUGACGAGAACGUGAAAAAAGAAAUAGGUUUAGACUAGCAAAACAGCAACUUUGCACGUGCAACACUUUUUUUGUUCAUUCUUUUACCGUCAUUGCACGACUAACUACGACGUGAAAAUGCCUAAUUUCACGUUUUAUGAAGGACGUUAACAAGCCACUGCGAAAUUUUCUUUCUCUUUUUGAACCUGGAUAUGGUUUUUAGGAAUUUAACUCCAGGAGACUUCGCCUACAUUUGACAAAGUAAUUGAGUUGGAACAAUCGCGAUGAAGAUUGAAAGAACGCGAAUUUACUUCUUAAGCGGUGUUUUCGCUGCCGUCGCCGUCCUCGAGUCUUAAGGUUCCUAAUUUCGUUUGUAAGGAUGCCAUUUUGGUAACUUGUCCACGGCGUUCCAAGUGCUAGAGAAAACGUGCUGCCUCAAACCUUUCGUUUUGCCCGUUAGGUGUUCUUAUUUUUGAGAUAUUUUGUAUUGAAUCCUAAACACAAGUACCCCAAACUACUGCUCGUUAGCUUUUGUUUUGAUACUGGUGUUCAUCUGUCAGUUGUUAGAACAAGGGCCACAAUGGUUCUUGUUUAGAAACGUUGUCAUUUGUAGCUGUGAGGCUUUUUUGUGAGAGUUUCUUUAUAUUUUGCUCACAGACAAACAAGAGGGGUCAGCAAGCAAACACGAUCCAGAAUCAAGUCAGGACUCUAUUAAUUCAUCCAGUAGUCAGCCGUCUGGUGAAGGAAAAGGCAAGCCAUCAGUAGAUGAAAACAAAGACAUACUCAGCCAUGAUGGCGCAGAUCAAAGCCAGAACUCGCACGAUGAGCAAAAACAAACGAAGUCACCGGAUAAUGGUGACGAAAAUAUAGCUUCGAUUACAUCAAAUGGAAAAGUCGAUCACUGCGCGGAUCUUCCUCACGAUAAACGCGUUAUCUCUGUUGGUGAGGAUGAGUACGUGUUAUGUGGUAACACAGGAACACCGGGAAGUGUUUCAGAAAAACCGGUUAAUGACCAGCAACAACAUGCUAGUCAACAUACUGAUGACUUAUCUAAGCAAGCUGAUACGUCGAGUAGCGUAACGGACGCUCCAAAAGUGAAUAAACCUCAUGAGGACUCAUCGCGUGACCAAGACUCGUCGCGAGACAAAGUGUCAUUGCGUGACCAAGACUCGUCACGUGAUGAAAUCUUAUUGCGCGAUCACGUUUUACCGCGUGAUGAAGCAAACGGUGAAUCUACAAGAACUGACAAUAUUAACUCGGAUCAGUUGGCAAACGAUCCGUUUUUAGUGAAUGAACAGGAUGCACAGAGCUCAGAUCAAGCCAAUGUUGAAUCAUUAGAGGAAACACAAAAUGAAGAUGCUAAAGACAGGACAUGA